GGGGCGCCCAGGCUCAUUUAAGCAGGGAGCGCGAGCGCCGCGUGCCGGCCGCGCUGCCUGUGCGCAUGUGCCCGACCUGCCCCGCCCCGCGCCUCGCGCGCCCGCCGCGGCCUCGCGCCCUGGGACGGCUUUGCUCCCCGCCGGCUGCCGUUAGGGCUGGGGGCCGGCGGGCUGCGGGGUCCGUCGGGGGGGGGGGCGCGGGGGCGCCUCCCGCCGUGGCUGCGCAGCGGCCUCCUCCGAGAGGCUGGGCGCCGGGGCAGUGCCCGGCCUGUGCCCAGCCGCCCGCGCAGGGCGCCCGGGGCAACUGGCCGAGCCCUCGAGGCCUCUCGCCUGACGGAGGCGCCCGGGAAGCGCCGCCCACCUCGGCCCCGCGCCCUCGCCGGCCUGCGCGGUAUCCGCCAGCCCUCGCAGACAGAGGGGCGCCGGCCCCUGGUCCCCUAGACCUCCAUUGAAGGUCAAAACUUUGCUCGACCCGGGGCAGGGAGGCGCGGACCUCGGCAGAGGGAGCCCGAGGCUUUCCGUGCUCUUCGCGCCGGAAAAUUUCAAAUUGUUAAGAAAAUUUCUGGUCAUUAGGAGAGAGGCCUCAGCAGAAACCAGCUUUCAUUUGAUUGUGAAAAACUAAGAAAUGCCCUAAUUUUAGUCAUGUGCUGCAUAACGACCUUUGGGUGAAUGAUGGACCACAUACACAACUGUGGUCCCAUAAGAUUAUAAUACCAUAUUUUUACUGUACCUUUUCUAUGUUUAGAUAUAAUUAAAUGUACAAAUACCAUUGUGUUGUAAUUGCCUACACUAUUCAGUACAGUCACAUGCUGUACAGGUUUGUAGCAUAGGAAUAAUAUGCUAAACUGUAGAGCCUAGGUGUGUAAUAGGCUACACCAUCUAGAUGUGUGUAAGGACACUCCAUGAAGUUUGCACAGUGAUGCAUUUCUUAGAAUGUAUGUCUGUUGUUAAGUGACAUAUGACUGUAUAUUUCUAAGAAUAAAGUUACUAACAUAUAUGGUAUCUUCUUCUUUAAAACCAGAAUCCCAUGUUGAAAAGAGAUGUGUUUUCUUAAACCUGUUUACUUUCUAACCUGGUGUUCUUUUAUUAAAAAACAACACCCCCCUCUAAAGAAAACCGUAUUUACUAAAAGCUGAAACAAAUGCUAUUUUAUUGGCACAAUAUGAAACCAUAAAGUGUAAAUUCUUGAUACAGUUAUUUGGUAAUGUUUGUUAAAUAAUAAAAAUUUCUUAUAAAUUCAACUUAAGGGCUUAAUGAACUAUGAAUAUCUGUGCUGGCUUAUAUGCUUACGCUAUUUAAAACAAACAUGACUGGAAUGCAUCUAUUCAACUAUAUGUCACUGUUAUUGUUAUAUUUUUGAGAAAGGUAUAUCAAAAUUAUUGUACUGUUAACAAAUCUCAAACUAUUUUGUGCUAUAAAAUAUGUAAUCUAAGACUUGUAAUGAAACUUCUGUUUCUGGAUAUAUGAUCUACAAAGGGAUCUUUGGGAAAGUUUUAUAAGAUUUUUUUUAAAAAUUGUGAAAUAUAAUCCAUAUUUAGAAAAGCACCUUAAACAAAUACGUAUGUACAAUUUAAUAAAGUGAAGGGCCAUGAAAAUACUACCCAAAUCAAGAAAUGAAACAUCGCUUAUGUACUAAAGUCCUCCAUGUGCCUCUGCUUGGUCAUAAUCUUCUCCCCAGUUCCCUAGAGUUUAUCACUGUUCUGACUUUUGUUGUUUCCUACCUUUUCUUUGUAGUUUUUAAAAUAAAUAUAUCCUUAAACAAUA